AUGAACCUAAUUGAAUUUAUGAAUGACUUUGUCAAUAAUAAAUCUUAGAUAGACAUGUCAAUUAUGAAAUAGUACAUCAAUUUUCGUAACAUCCAACAAAUUAAUUUAGAGGAAUUCGGUCUAAUUCUUACACAAAUGAUUUCAUUCCUUAGUGAAGAAGGUAACUCCUUUUUUAUAAUUGUGGUAGGAGACAUUUAGGAUUUAAUUUACAUGUCCAUAUAUAUAGCCAAGAACUCUCCUAGUCAUAUUGUUAUUACUUAAGCUCUAAAUACUUUGACUGUUUUAUUAUUCAAUUCCAAUUUAGUUGAUCUAAGUAAGAAACUUGCCAAAUUCAAUCUUAAGUACUUUUUGAAUGAACAACCUCAAUUGUUUUUGAUCACACAUCUCAACUUGGCUAGAAUUCAUUACUGCUAAUUUAAUUACAAUAAAUGUUUUAGACUUGUUGAAAGAGCAUUGAUCAAAUAUGAACCUUAUGUAAACUCAAUAUUAUAUCAGUAAGAUAUUCAAAGAGAUGAAAACCAAUGCAUCAAAGUUACAAAACAAUCCAUCUGACAUCAUUUUACUAUUGAAUGGAUAUUUGUUUUAUGGCAAAUGUGUCUAGCAACUUUAAAAACUAUCAGAAAUGCUUGAUAUUGAUUAUGAUAAGUUUUUCCAUAAUGGUUAAAAAAUCUGUCGUAAGUUUCUCAAUUCUAAUCAUUAUUUAUUUUCCUACUUUACUUAAUAAAGAAGUGUUACUAUCUCAAGAAAAAGUAUUAUGAUAAAAUCUAAAGGAAAAUCUAUCAAAGUAGCAGAUGCUAAAAAAAUUAGUGCUUCAUGUAAUAUUCUUAUGAGAUAAAUCAAAUUGUAGACUUCUAAAAAUAUUAAUGAAUAAUAAAUCAAAACACAAUCAGAAUCAGUUAAAAUUGAAAUGGGUGAGUCUGCUACUAAAAGUUCAGAAAGAAUGAUUAAACAAUUUAGAUUACAUUCUCCAAGAUAAUAAUAACCUCCUAUUGAUAUCUAAAAUAUCAUUUAGACUAAAUUUGAUCAUUUUGUUUAAACUUUUAGUUCUAAAAAAAAUGAACCUAAAAUUAAUGCUUUAGAAAAAAGAAUUUCUGAACUUUAAAAAGAAAAUCUUAAAAUCUAAUAAUAGAGAUUAGAGAGAGAAUAAGAAAUCAAUGAAUUAAAAUUAAAGAUUGAAGAGUUAGGAAAUGAAUCCAAUAAAUUCAAAUAAAAACUACAAGAAUAAUAAAAUAUUAUGCAUGAUCGAUUAUCUUUUGGAAAUAUGAUACCAUAAUAAUUUGAAUAACCAUAAUAAAAUUUAUAAUUCUUACCUCCUCCAAAAUAAAUCAAUAGGCAAAGUACUACAGAAAUCAGAUGUUUAAUACAAACCUUAAAUUAAGGAUAAAUUGAAGAUACUAUUAAAGUUUUAAAAAUUCCAGAUAUAAAUCUAAGUAAUUCAUUUAAUGAUGAAAUGGAAAUAACAAUUAUCGAUUGUAAUUCAUUAUUUAUUUAUAUAGAGCUUGAUUAAGGAAGAGAAUAUACUAUUUUGUUAUAAAAUGAUAUUACUCUUAUAAAAAAAGUAAUAUUUGAUGAUAAUUUGCAAGAAAUUUCAUGUACAGUGCAUGGAAAUCAUCUAAAAAUCUAAUUUGAUAACGAUAAAACUGAAACAUUUGAUAUUAAUGCACUUAAUAAUGUAUUAUAUUUAAAUAAAGAAUUAGUUUUUUUAAGUAGCAGAGUUAAGGGCAGUGUUGCCUUAUACUUGUCCAUUAAAAUGUAUUAAUUCAUUCAAUAAAUUUGCUCAGCAUUUAAUUUUACCUUUUGUAAUAUUGGAAGAGAAUUAAAUUAAACUUUCUCAUUUACCAUCUAGUAUUUUAAAUGAAUAAAAUAAAUUAUGGAUUUUUGAAGAAGAAUGUUAAAUAAUUGUUGUUACUAUUGAGUAAUUUAUUCUUAGAUUAAUAAUUAUUGGUUCAUAAUAAUAAGGAUGGAUUGAUCUAUAAUUUGAUUAAACAUCAUUAGAUUAAUUUUUUGAUUAAUACUUUUAUGAGGAAUAUGAAAAAGAAUCUGUCUAAUAGAUGAUAAGAAUUAUUAAUUAAACGGAAUAAUAAUUUCAAUCUCCUUCAAAAAAAAUUACACAUUAAGUUUAAAGCUAUGUUAUUAAAAAUAAGAUUAGAUUUAUUAAAUUUUUAGAAUCACUUAAAUAAAAUCUAGAAAAUGAAUUAGCUAAUAUAUUUUAAAUUGAUGAUUUAGUUAGUUUUUUUAAUUUUUUAAAUGGAUUACAAAUUUAAAUGCCUAAUAAUAGUCAAGCGAAUGUAAAAAUGUGUUGUAUCAAAAUUACUGAAAUGGCUACUUAUUAAAGAAUUAUAAUUAUUGCUGAUAAUAACUAAGAAUAAUGUUUUGAAAUUCUAUUACAAAAUUGUUAUGAUACAUAUGGUAAAUUAAUUAUUUUAAAAAUAUGAAUAGCUCCUAGAGGUACAAAGGUUAAAGCAUAAGGAUUAGAUCAAUUUGAUUAUUAUGAUGUCAAUAGGAUUUUUGGUCUAUAUACAUCACUUUUAGAUUAUUCUGAUAUGUAAUUGUUAUGCUAUUUACUUUCUCAACUUUUUGAUUUGAAUACCUACGCUAAAGAAUUGGAUUUGGAUGAUUAUGAUAGAUAUAAAGAAAAUUGCAUUAUUAGUAAUGAAGUUAAUAGUGAAAGUUGUUAUCGAUAUUUUAUCAGUAAAAUGAUUCUCUAUCUAAGCUUCUGAAUAUAAAGUUCCAGUUACAAUUUCUUAUUUAGGAAUAAAUGAUAGACCUAUAGGAGUUAAACUAUAAGUUUUUGAUGAGAUCAAUAUGAUUGAAAAUGGAAUGUUUUUUAGUAUUACAGCUGGAAUAUGGGAUAAGUAAAAGAAGGAAACAAUUAUUGGAUAAUAAGUAUAUCAUAAAAGAGUUAUAAGAAAAAAAGAAAACCACCCAAAUAUAUUUAGUGCAAUAAGAUGACCACUGAUUAUCAUUUGAGCUUCAUUUUAUAAUCUGUAGGCUGGCAGGUCAUCUUUGACAACGUUUCAAUUAAUUAAGAGAAUUUACAAGCUUGUCGUAUUCUAAAUGACAAUAAGACUACUUUAGUUGAUCGUUUAGAAAACAUUUUAAAUAUUAUUAUUAAAAAUUGA